UGUGUGUGUCUGUGUGUGUGCACUCGGUCGCAAGCCUGUUCCCUGCGUGGAGAAGAGGAUCUCCUUGUCAGAGAACAACAAGGGCCGACGUAAACUGGUCGAGCUGUCGCUCUCGCAGGACUGACGAUGUUUCGCAAGAAGAAAAAGAAGAGGCCCGAGAUUUCGGCCCCGAGGAAUUUCGAGCACCGCGUGCACACCUCCUUCGACGCCAAGCGCGGCUGCUUCGUGGGCCUGCCCACGCAAUGGCAGAGUCUGAUCGAGAACCUGAGGCGGCCCAAACCCAUGGUGGACCCGUCCAGGAUCACAGACGUGGAACUCAGACCCAAGAAGACCAUCGUGCGAGGAAGCAUGAUCGGACACGGGGACUACAUCGCCGCCAUGAUCAACGACAUGAGCCGGCUGUCGGUCACCAGCUCCAACUCCCUGAGGAAGAGCAGUCCCUCGUCCAGGAGGAGGGCUCAGUCUCUGGGCCGGCUGGGGGAGGUCUGCGAGGGGGACGUGUACCAGUAUGAGGACCUGGAUCUGGAGGAUCACCCAGCCCAGAGGGAGUGGAGGGACGUGGCCCGGAACGACCUCCGCGAGGGCGCGCCUCCACACUCGGCCACCAGGAGGAGCGUCUCCCUCCAGCCCAACGGGGUCCUCCCCCGGGCCAGGUCCACCUACGAGGUGAGCGUGAGCUCUCUGGACACGCCCUCGGCCCCCCCCCUGCCCCUGCUGACCUACGGGGGGGUGCAGGUGGGCAGCCCCACCGACAGACUGAUGAUGAGGAGGGAGUUUCCUCUGAGCAGGGCCAUCCCUCCUAACCAGCGGCCCAUUGCCUGCUUCUACAGCCCGGCCAUGGCUGUCCACCAGACCCCUGGAGGCCCCCCUGCAGAGUACCGCACCAACAUACCUCUGUACAUCCACCCCCACAGCCCUGGGGGGCCCUACUCCUCAUACGACCUGAAGGCAGAGUCUGCUGCCAGGCACCACUCCAGCCUGCUCGCUAGUGGCACCAGCAGCCCACUAGUGAGCAGCAUCAGAGCCCACAGGCCGGUCCGCUCCUCUGCCAGUUACACCCUGGGCCUGUCCCCCAACAUGGGCCAGCUGAGGCCUGCAGGGCCCGAGCCUCACCACCGACACUCAGCCUGCCCAAACCCCCCUCACCCCAGACAGGACAGCCCCUCCCAGCCUCGACCCUCCCCCACAGGCUCCCUGGCCACCAGCCCCCCGGGAACCUGCUCCCCGGCCUUCAGACCCCCCCACCACCCCUGCCCCAGGCCCCCCCCAGACCCCCCCAAAGUGACUCAUGAGCAGUUCAAGGCCGCCCUGCAGAUGGUGGUGGAUAAAGGAGACCCGCGCUCGUACCUGGAGAACUUUGUGAAGAUCGGGGAGGGCUCCACGGGGGUGGUCUGCAUCGCCAGGGAGAAGCACAGUGGUCGGCAGGUGGCCGUGAAGAUGAUGGACCUGCGGAGACAGCAGAGGAGAGAGCUGCUGUUUAACGAGGUGGUCAUCAUGAGGGACUACCAGCACAGGUGUGUGGUGGAGAUGUUCAAGUCUGCGCUGGUGGAGGAGGAACUGUGGGUCAUCAUGGAGUACCUGCAGGGGGGAGCGCUCACCAACAUUGUGUCUGAGACCAGGCUGAACGAGGAGCAGAUAGCCACGGUGAGUGAGGCAGUGCUGCAGGCCCUGGCCUACCUCCACUCUCAGGGGGUCAUCCACAGAGACAUCAAGAGUGACUCCAUCCUGCUCACACUGGACGGCAGGAUCAAGCUGUCAGACUUUGGGUUCUGUGCCCAGGUCAGCAAAGACAUCCCCAGGAGGAAGUCUCUGGUGGGGACACCCUACUGGAUGGCCCCAGAGGUCAUCUCCAAGUCCCCAUAUGGCACCGAGGUGGACGUGUGGUCGCUGGGCAUCAUGGUGGUGGAGAUGGUGGACGGGGAGCCACCCUACUUCAGUGAGACUCCUGUUGCAGCCAUGAGGCGACUGAGGGAUGAGCCUGCCCCCUCAGUCAGACACACCAGCCAGGUCUCCCCAGUGCUGAAGGACUUCCUGGACCGCAUGUUGACCCGGGACCCAGGGCAGCGAGCCAGCGCCACUGACCUGCUGGAGCAUCCCUUCCUGCUGCAGAGCAGCUCACCCCAGUGCCUGGUCCCCCUGGUGGAGCAGUACCGCAAGCGCAUGUCCCGCUGCUGA